UCUUGGAAGAAACCAGGAUAAUAAGAGUUACAACUUUUCAUUUCCCUUUGGGAUUAAUAAAGUAUUUUUGAAUUAAAUUGAAUGAACUACAUUUACAGUCAAGAUUUCUGACUGAAUUUAUGAAUUCAGUCUUAAAUGUUGAGUAGCUGUGUGAUUCACAACACAUACUCUGAGCACCAACACAUCUUGCAAGAUAGGAUCGCAUUAGACUAUACAAUAAUUUUAUGUUUUCAAGAUUUGACCAAAACAACUCUAAUGUCCCUCGUCUUCAUAAGAUGACCUUCAUUUAAAGCUGAAGGGAAAAAGUGAUCCAAAGUGUUUUUAAGGAACUACUGUAUGCAAUGGCUCUAAGAGGAAGGACUCAAAUAGUUUUUCUUUGGAAAAUUGCUCAAAAGUAUUUUCACUUCCCUGAAAUUGAGACCUGAUUUCACCUUUUGCUGCUGUCUUUGCACACAACAGAUUACAACUGAACAGCGAUAAUGGAGGCGAGAGAACUCCAAGGCUGUGACUCUGAUGGUGGAUUUAACACGCUGGUUUGUCAAGAGGACUUCCGUGAUGACGAGCUGAAAACUUACAGCCAGUCCAACCAAAACAAACUGCAAGUGUCUUUGUUCAGCAUGAGUCAAGGGAGAAGCUGCAGACUGACGGCAGGAAUCCUGAUGCUUCUAGCUGCUGUUCUGCUUAUAGUUGAYAUCAGCCUGGGUGUACAUUACAACAAACUCACAGAUACCCACCUCAUACUCGAAGACACUGAACGCAUCGGCAAAGAGCUGGGCGAGCUCCAGGGGACUUACAAGACUGCGAUCGAAGCUAUGAAGGGCGCCCACAUGCAGCUGGACAGUGAGAUGAGCCGUCAGCAGCAAACCAACUGGGAAGUGGAGCAUCAGAAAAAAAGAAGCCAAGACUACGUCGUGCAGAUUGAUACCGUGACAAAGGACAUUGCAAACCUGAAAACACACUUACCAAAGAUUACUGACGGCUGCAAACACUGCCCUGUAGGAUGGUUCUUGACGAGUUCAGUGUGUUACUACUUCUCUUCCCCUGACCGUGACGGUCGCAAAACGUGGCAAAAAGCCCAAGAGUUUUGCCAAAUACAGGGAGGAGACCUUCUGAUCAUUGACAGCAAAGAUAAAGAGAAUGCAACUGUAAGUCACUUGUUAAAUCACCAAGUCAAUGAAGCCUUCUGGAUCGGGUUGAAAGACUCUCAGGAGGAAGGAACCUGGAAGUGGGUGGAUGGAACAGAGCUCGAUGAAACGUACUGGAGGGACGGAGAACCAAACGACGCCCAAUAUGAUGAAGACUGUGCAGGAAUCAUUCCUGAAAUAAACUUCUUUAAGGCUUGGAAUGAUAUGAAUUGUAAAGUUGUACUAAAUUUUAUUUGUGAAAAAGCACAAACGAGUUAAGCUUUAGUUGCUGAGGGAAACAUAUGCUCAAUUUUAUCAUUAUCUGUACUUAAAAGUGAAACAUGAAGCAGUUAUGUUCAGAAGCUGCUUCACUGUAUCUGGCAAUGUCUAAAUGUAUGUGGGGUAAAAUCAAAUCUCAAGACUAUCAAGGCAUUCUGAAGUAAAAUUGUAUGCCAGGGUAAGAAAGAUCUGCAAUUUGUUGAAGUUUGUUUCAGGUCUGAAAGCAAACUUUUCUAAAUGAGAGAUGACAAUACAUCUUAAAACCUGAAAUGUAUAUUUUACUCUAAAUUAUAAAGUUCUGACAAACUUACAAAAGUAAUUUAAAGGUGACCCUUAAAAAAUGAUCUACUUUGGUCUGGGGGAGGUGAAGAGGAUCAGGAGUGUUUGGAAUAAACAGCAGUUCAGACUUUUUCAUGUUGUUUCAUUUCUUUGGCUCUGAAAACAAAUAAAUCUCUUUUGUCUAAGUUGAAAAAAAACUUCAAUUUUUAGUUGGUUAAAACCCUAUARAGACACGGCGAAAGUUUGUGUCCAGUUUCCUUUAAUAAUAAUCAUAGCUUUGCCUAAAAGUGACCCUGACCCAAGGUGUGGCUAAACUUUACACUAAAACAUUUACACACAAACAUACACCACAAGUUUGCAUUUCUAUUCUUAUUAGGRYYGUGCAUUYACUUCCAUUCAUUUUCAGCAGCCUAACCCUGACCUUUACUCUAGACCCAACCACCUCCAGUAACCCUAACCAUGACCUAAACCCUAUAAACUCAAUUCAUACCUUAGCCCUUAGCSUAACCUUUAAACUAACAAUUAUGUUCCAGCAAAUUAAAACAGGCUUUAGUCCCAAACAGGACUGGUAAAAAUAGGGUGAGAAAAUGUCCACACCCUAAAAGCUCGGUCCACAUGUGUUUCUGCGCAAUUAGUCCACUUUCUUUUUUACCAUGAUCAAACCCACACAUACGUGUUUGUUCCUCUUCUUUUUUUUGCCACUUCAGUAGAAAGCAGAAAUGAAUAUCAGUUUCUUAACUUCUUCAUCAUCCAUGACCUUUUUUAAGAAGAAAAAGUAAGAGAAGAAAAAACAAAGAGUGAAAUGUAAUAGAAAAGAGUGAAAGAGAGAUUAGAAGAUAUGUGUGAUAUAUAUAGAGAAACCACAAGACAACACACCCGACAUCAUGGCUGUAGACCUACGGAAACAGAGAUAACAAAAACACAGCAACAAAAAUGCAUAUCUAUACAAUUAUAAUGAUUAUAGCCCACCAGGUAGCAAAAACAUGUACACACACACACAC